AUGUUGAUCCCUAUAUUAUUCCAGCAGGUCCUCUCAAGGGCAGAGGAUCUCCUAAACAUUUCGUUGGCUGAUGUCUACAAGAUGAAGUCUUUCGUCGUCGGUCUUUGUGCUCUGGGUACUGCUGCUCAAGUCAUCAUAGAUGAUAGCAUUUUUUAUGGGCAGAGUCCACCUGUCUACCCAUCACCCAAUAUCUCGGGAACUGGAGACUGGGCAGAGUCCUAUACAAAGGCAAAGGAGCUUGUUUCAAAAUUGACUCUCGAGGAAAAGUCCAAUCUUACAUUUGGUGCCUCGACUACAGAGAAUGGUUGUGGUGGAUGGAUUCCAGGCAUCCCUCGUGUUGGGUUCCCUGGUCUUUGUCUCGUCGAUGCUGGCAAUGGUGUUCGAACCACAGAUCUUGUCAAUGGGUACGCUGCUGGGUUGAGUGUGGGGGCAAGCUGGAAUCGAGACCUUACUACCAAAAGAGGUCAUUUCAUGGCUGGAGAAUUCAGAGCUAAGGGCGCUAACGUCGCUCUCGGGCCAGUUGUUGGGCCACUAGGUCGUAUUGCCACAGGUGGACGCAACUGGGAAGGCUUUUCUCAUGAUCCCUUCCUUUCUGGUUUGCUUGCUGCGGACACAAUUAAGGGUCAUCACGAACGUGGCAUAAUUACUAGCUUGAAGCACUUCAUUGUCAACGAGCAAGAGACAAACCGCAACCCUUUUGCCAACACAUCACCCCAAGUUGAGGCGGUAUCGUCGAACGUGGAUGACAAGACAAUGCACGAACUUUACCUUUGGCCAUUCCAGGAUGCUCUCAAGGCCGGAUCUGCCAAUAUCAUGUGCAGCUACCAAAGAAUUAACAAUUCAUAUGGAUGCGCUAAUAGUAAAACUUUGAACGGCAUCCUGAAGACAGAACUUGGAUUCCAGGGCUUCGUUAUUACUGACUGGAGAGCUCAACAUUCCGGAGUCGCAAGUGCGCUAGCUGGUCUUGACAUGACAAUGCCAGAUUCAGGGUGGUGGGCCAAGAAUCUGACAACAGCCAUUCAAAACGGCACUGUCCCCGAGUCUCGCUUGGAUGAUAUGGCAACCAGAAUCCUCGCUGCUUGGUAUCUCCUUGGUCAGGAUGAAGGAUUCCCCAAGCCAGGUAUCGGCAUGCCCUAUGCCAUCACGGAGCCCCACACAAGAGUGGAUGCUAGAGACCCAGCAGCCCGACCUAUCAUUUUCCAAGGCGCAGUCGAAGGACAUGUACUCGUGAAAAACAACCGAGCUUUGCCAUUGAGAGACCCGCAAGUGAUCUCAGUCUUUGGAUACUCAGCACCAGGUUACAAACAAUCUGUUGUGGGAGAUGGAACUUACUCGGCAUGGAAGCUCGGCGCCCAAAGCACGAACCCCAACCAACAGGUUGCCUCCAAGCAGUACAACUCUACUGUCAAAAUUGAAACAAUCGCAAUCAACGGCACGAUCAUCAUGGGUGGCGGUUCUGGCGCAACAACUCCAGGCUAUGUUUCAAGUCCUUUCGAUGCCCUGAACCAACGUGCAAUCAAAGACAACACAGAUCUCUUCUGGGAUUUUGUUGAUCCAGCACCCCAAGUGCCUGCCUCCGAUGCCUGCCUGGUAUUCAUCAAUGCCUGGUCCUCGGAGGGAUACGAUCGCCCGGCCGUCUAUGACGACUAUUCGGAUAACUUGGUGCUGUCUGUUGCGGAGCAAUGCAACAACACCAUCGUUGUGAUUCACAACCCAGGCGUCCGUUUGGUUGAUAACUUCUCCGAUCAUCCCAACAUCACUGCAAUUGUGUACGCGCAUACUCCAGGCCAAGACUCUGGUGCUGCGACAGUUGCUUUGCUUUACGGCGACGAGAACUUCUCCGGAAAGCUUCCAUACACAGUCCCGAAGAACGUCACCGAUUAUGGACCACUGCUCGGUCCUGACUUGCCAGAGGGUGAUUACAUUAAUUACCCUCAGAGUAAUUUCACCGAAGGAAUCUUCAUUGACUAUCGUGGGUUUGAAGCCAGAAAUGUAACACCACGUUAUGAGUUUGGAUUCGGCCUAUCGUAUACAUCGUUCGAGUUUGCCUCUUCUUUGGCGAUCAAAAAGACCGAUAAAGGAGAGAAUGCUGAAUCUUACCCCACUGGACCCAUCGAGCAAGGUGGUCAGGUUGAUUUGUGGGACGUUUUGGCGAAUGUCGAGUUCACAGUUGAAAACACUGGCAAGGUUGCUGGAAAGGAAGUUGCUCAACUUUACAUCGAUACACCGUCUGGUGUACGACAGCUUCGUGGAUUCGAGAAGGUUUCGCUCAAGCCUAGCGAGAAGGAAACUGUUACACUUCCAUUGACUCGUCGGGAUCUGAGUGAAUGGGAUGUCGUUGCCCAGAAAUGGAAGUUGGUGAAAGGCAGCAUUGGAAUUUACGUGGGUGCUAGUUCCAAAGACUUGAGGGUACAGGGCACUUUGGAGCUUUGA